AUGGCUCCAUCGGCCGUCUCUCCGCCCCGGCUCCCCGCCGACGAGGAGCCGCCUGCUCCCGCGGGCAACUUCACCGGCUACGACCACGUCACGUGGUGGGUGGGCAACGCCAAGCAGGCGGCGGCCUACUACGUCGGGCAGUUCGGCUUCCGGCCCGUCGCGUACCGCGGCCUCGAGACGGGCAGCCGCUUCUUCGCGUCGCACGUCGUGGCCAACCGCGGCGUGCGCUUCGUCUUCACCUCGCCCCUGCGCUCGCUGGCCCACCUGCCCGCCGACGAGGACAUCUCGCCCGACGACCGGGCGCUCCUGGCCGACAUGCACGCCCACCUCGAGCGGCACGGCGACGCCGUCAAGGACGUCGCCUUCGAGGUCGACGACGUGCCCGCCGUGUACGCCCGCGCCGUCGCCCAGGGCGCCGAGGCCGUGCGCGCGCCCCAGCGCACCGCCGACCCCCACGGCAGCGUCGUCUCCGCCGCCAUCCGCACCUACGGCGACACCACCCACACCCUCGUCAGCCGCGCCGGCUACGCGGGGCCCUUCCUCCCGGGCUUCCGCGAGGCCCGCAGCCCUCCCCCGGCCGCCUCCGCCGCCGCCGCCGCCUUGCCGCCGCCGCCCGACGUCCGGCUCGCCCGCAUCGACCACUGCGUCGGCAACCAGGACUGGCACCAGAUGCUCGCCGCCUGCGCCUUCUACGAGCGCUGCCUGUCCUUCCACCGCUUCUGGUCCGUCGACGACAAGCAGAUCUGCACCGACUACAGCGCCCUGUCGUCCGUCGUCAUGGCCUCGCCCAACAACCUCGUCAAGAUGCCCAUCAACGAGCCCGCCCCGGGCCGGAAGAGGUCCCAGAUCGAGGAGUUCGUCCUGUUCAACGCCGGCCCGGGCGUGCAGCACAUCGCCCUGCUGACCGCCGACAUUGUCGACGCCGUCUCGGCCCUGCGCGCCCGCGGCGUCGACUUCAUCAGCGUGCCCGCCACCUACUACGCCACCCUGCGCCAGCGCCUCAAGACGGACCGGCGCGGCUGGGAGCUCAAGGAGGACCUCGACACCCUGGAGCGCCUCAACGUCCUCAUCGACUACGACGAGGGCGGCUACCUGCUGCAGAUCUUCACCAAGCCGCUGAUGGACCGGCCCACCGUCUUUAUCGAGAUUAUCCAGCGCAACCAGUUUGAGGGGUUCGGCGCCGGCAACUUUAAGAGCUUGUUUGAGGCGAUUGAGCGCGAGCAGGCCGAGCGCGGCAACCUGUGA